UGUUUUUUUUAAUGAUUUUGUGUUCAUCCAUGGCGCCUUCACAUGAUAAUACUCACUUCCCUCGUCAAUUUUAUGGAACGUAAAAAAGACUCCGAAUUCCCAUCUUGCCCCUGUGUUUUUUUGCUGACGUGGGUGCCGGUGAUUAGGAGGAAUCUGACAUAUCAGAACCCUCUUGAAUUCUUUCUCCUAAUGCACCGCGAAUCUGAGGGGCUCGUGAAGGGCUAUUUUCAAUAGGAGUGUCCUUUUCCGCUUUGGAUUGGAAUGAUUACUGCCAGUAAUAACAGUUGAAAAUCUGUCUUUAAAUUAGGGUUUGAAUCCCCAUUUCACCCAUAAAAAGGACACCUAUGUCACCGACUCAAUCAAAUUGGAAAGGAAAUGAGUAAAAGCGGCGAUGCUCUGGUACAGUUCAAAGGGAGUGGGUGGGUGUACCAGAAGAGUAGAUUAGAUAGGAUUUUGGGGUUUUACCUGUGAAUUAAUUUGGGAUUUUGUCGUCUCCAAUGGUAGGGGUGUGUAAAGUGUGAUAUUAAAAGAAAAGGGUUUAUUCAUUUCAUAUUAUUAUAUAAUGGUCUGAGUCCGAAAAAUCCGGCGUAGUAUAGCAUCUCAUAUUCGAAGGGGUGUGUGUAACAAUGUCAUGAAUUUUGGUGUCAGCUGUCUCUUUCUCCUCCCCUUCGCAGAUCUACACGCUCUGGCCGCUGUAAAAUUCCUCCACUUGUAGAGAGACGGGCAGGGGAAGAGAGGGAUUGCGACGACAGUGUAUUUCGUGGGAAUUAUAUACUUAUACUGCAUUUUCUCUUUCUAGAUUUGGACUGAAUUGUUAAUUUGGAUUGGGUCUGGUUUGGACGUAAAAUAUUUGAGAAUUACAGUUGGGGAUAGAAACUAGAAAGGUUUAGUUAAAGAGAUAAAAUCACUACAUUUAUUGUAUUGGCAAACAAACGAUAGUUUUCACCAGUUCCGUCGUGACUGGAUCGAAACAUACAAACUCUUCUUCGCUUCCUAUAUCUUUAAACUAUCGGAGGCAAAGCUAGCGAUAGAGAUGAGAUGCUAUCGAUGCUGAACAAGACAAGGAUGAUUGUGGCGUAGUCAUUCACGAAUUCCGCACCUGAGUUCGCUGAUUUUCUGGGUUUCGUUCUCUCUUUCUACCUGAAAUUCAGGUUACGGAACUCGUUGAAAGUCACUUAAUGGUCAGAAAAUGUCCAGGGCUAUGCACAGAGGUGUAUCUGGGUUACGGAUCUCUGGGAACAGUCAUGAUUCCCGGGACUCUCAAAUGAAAGUUAAAACAGAGAAGGAGGAUUCUGAAAAAAAUCGGUCUUCUGAUCACACCUGUUUAUCUUUCAAAUUCCCUAGUGUACCCUUCCCAGAUAAUUCUUCAUCGAAGCAUGGUAUUAGUGAGAAUGGUUUUGCAUCUGAUACCUUCAGUGCUGGAAGUCCAAGAAGCCGCCACAAAUUAACUAUGCUCGUCCUCAAGUUGAGCUUAGUUCUGAUUGUAGUUCUGGCCCUUACUGGAUCUUUCUUGUGGACAAUCUCCAUUACAACCUCAUCAAGAGGUCAAAUAUUUCAUUCUCAUGGUUAUAGGCGACUCUAUGAGCAACUUGUUUCAGACCUAUGGGAUAUUGGAGAGCUCUCUCUUGGCCCUGCAAGGUUGAAAGAAGUAGAAUUCUGUCCUUUGGAAUAUGAAAAUCAUGUUCCUUGCUUCAAUGUCUCUGAGAGUCUUGCUCUGGGUUUUUCUGAUGGAGAAGAGUUAAAUCGUCGCUGUGGGCAUGGGAUAAGGCAAAAUUGCUUAUUUCCUCCCCCUGUGAAUUAUAGGAUUCCUCUUAGGUGGCCCACUGGAAGAGAUAUCAUUUGGGUUGCAAAUGUUAAAAUUACUGCACAAGAGGUACUAUCCUCUGGUAGCUUGACCAAGAGGAUGAUGAUGUUGGAGGAAGAGCAGAUUUCCUUCCGUUCAGCCUCUCUUAUGUUUGAUGGAGUUGAAGACUACUCACAUCAAAUUGCAGAAAUGAUUGGGCUGAGAAAUGAAUCCAACUUCAUUCAAGCUGGGGUUCGGACCAUCUUGGAUAUAGGAUGUGGUUAUGGUAGCUUUGGAGCACAUCUCUUUUCAAAAGAGAUCUUAACUAUGUGCAUUGCAAGCUAUGAGGCUUCAGGCAGUCAAGUUCAACUAACUCUUGAGAGAGGUCUUCCUGCAAUGAUUGGUUCAUUUACUUCAAAGCAGAUGCCAUAUCCAUAUCUUUCCUUUGAUAUGGUGCAUUGUGCUCGAUGUGGCAUUGACUGGGACCAAAAAGAUGGCAUUCUCUUGAUUGAAGUUGAUAGAGUUUUGAGGCCAGGAGGAUACUUUGUUUGGACUUCACCUCUUACCAAUGCUCAGAGGUUCCUUCGUAACAAAGAGAUGCAGAAGAGGUGGAACUUCGUACGUAACUUUGCAGAAAAUCUCUGCUGGGAAAUGUUAUCACAGCAAGAUGAAACUGCUGUAUGGAAAAAGACCAGUAAAAAGAGUUGUUAUGCUUCUCGGAAACCUGGUUCAGGCCCUUCAAUUUGCAGUAAACGCCAUGAUGGUGAAUCUCCAUAUUAUCGGCCACUGGAAGCCUGCAUAGGGGGGACUCAGAGCAGCCGAUGGAUUCCUAUAAAAGCGAGGACAACCUGGCCUUCUAGAGCUAAAUUGAACUCGAGUGAACUUCAAAUUUAUGAUCUACAUUCGGAAGAGUUUGCUGAAGAUACCCAACAUUGGAACUUAGCCAUUCGCAAUUAUUGGUCACUUCUGUCACCACUAAUAUUCUCAGAUCAUCCAAAGAGACCUGGUGAUGAGGAUCCUUCUCCACCUUUUAACAUGCUCAGGAAUGUGCUAGACAUGAAUGCACAUCUAGGCGGUUUCAAUUCUGCUUUAUUGGAAGCCGGGAAAUCUGUGUGGGUUAUGAACGUGGUCCCUACAAUUGGGCACAAUUACCUUCCCUUGAUCCUGGAUAGAGGAUUUGUUGGCGUAUUGCAUGACUGGUGCGAAGCAUUUCCAACAUACCCUAGAACUUAUGAUAUGGUGCAUGCUGCUGGACUUCUAUCUCUUGAAACAAGUCAGCAGCGCAGGUGCACCAUGCUCGAUCUAUUCACAGAGAUAGACCGGUUACUUCGUCCAGAGGGGUGGGUGAUACUUCGGGACACCGUUUCUCUUAUUGAUUCAGCAAGAAUGCUCAUAACAAGGCUGAAAUGGGAUGCACGAGUUGUGGAGAUUGAGAGUAACAGUAAUGAGAGAUUGCUGGUCUGCCAGAAACCUUUCUUUAAGCGACAAACAAACUGAUGGUGAAUUUUGGGAGGGAGCCCAAGAAGUAAGAAUAUGAUAAUACUCAAUUCAUUUUCAAGAUGUUAAAUAGUGGUCAUAAAGCUCCACCAUGAAAAGGGGGGAUAUCAAAAAUUUUGAAGAGAAGAAAAAACCAGAAAACAAAGAGACGUGAGUGGAACCAACCACAAAUCCUAUGGGGUCGUAAGGCGUACAUAGGGACAUGUAAUUAUGCAAUUGAGGCACAGGGCGAGAAGUAUAGGAUUAGUCAUUUAAUUUUCCAUGUGAUGUCUCACUACAACUAUACAACCACAUAAUGAUUUAGAUUGUGAAGAUAAUUACAGAAUAAGAAGCAAGUAAGGCUUGCUUUGUUGUCAGUUAUAUAGAACCCUUGGCAGUGCAUUUAUGUGGGGGGAUUUUAUUUUUAUUUUUUUCAUAGUAUGUGCCCUAUACCUUUACCUUUAUGCAACACAAUGAUUUCCAUUGUAAAACUCAUUAUUCGCCUCUUUCAAAGGGUUGAUUAUUGAAGGGUGAUUAGAGUUUUUUUUA